GUCAUUGGAACCCCGCAGCACCAACCAAAUAUUUCUCCUCCUCGAGCCCGCGGCCCCCAUUUUUGCAUUUGCACAGGACGGCAAAGGAAGCAUCGCCGUACCCCGUCUCCUCUAUAUAAGCCCCCCGCCAGUCUCCGCUCUCCUCUGCUACUACUCCCUACCACUCCCCCUCUCCGCCGCAUACCGAUACCGACCGACGUCCAGUCCAGUCCAGCCCAGCGAGAUCCACACCGCGGACUCCGCCAGCGCCCAACCACCACCGCGCAACUCCGACGUACGGCGGCGGAUUCAGCGAUCAGCGAGUGCCGUUGGUCGAUCCGUCGGGCGGGGUUGAGGUGAGGCGAGGCGAGGCGAGCUGAGAUGAGCUGCAACGGGUGCCGGGUGCUGCGCAAGGGGUGCAGCGACGCCUGCGUGCUGCGGCCCAGCAUCGAGUGGAUCGACGGCGCCCAGCCGCAGGCCAACGCCACCGUCUUCGUCGCCAAGUUCUUCGGCCGCGCCGGCCUCGUCGCCUCCCUCGCCGCCGUCCCGCUCCACCACCGCCCAGCUUUGUUCCGGUCGCUGCUGUACGAGGCGUGCGGACGGACGAUCAACCCGGUGAGCGGCGCCAUCGGGCUCAUGUGGACCAGCAACUGGGACCUCUGCCAGGCCGCGGCCGACGCCGUGCUGCGCGGCGACUCCCUGCGCUCGCUCUCCGCCGUGCCGGCCGCCUUCACGGACCGCGACAUGGCCGGGCUCUACGGCAGCGUCGGCACCAACACCGGCAGCUCCUCCUCCCUCCACUCCUCGCCGGAGAACUCCACCUCCGCGCCCGCCGGGAAGCGGAGCAAGAACUACUGCGGCGCCGCAGCGGGGCAGCAGGUGAAGCUGCCGGGGCCGGUGCUGCCGUCGUGCGAGCUGGACCUCUGCCUGACGCCCUUGUCGUCGCCGCUGGCCGGCGGGAGGCGAGGCGGCGCGUCGGACGAGUACUCCACCACCACGUGCUGCGAGGAAGCCAGCGGCGACGCGGCUGAGGCCGGGGCGCCCGCGCUGCUCAACCUCUUCAACUGAGAGGCUCGUUGUAAAACUGUAAUUUGUGCAGUUCGUGUGGGUGGGUGGGUGGUGGUGGUUAAUUAGUUGCAUCUGUGUUAGUCAAUGAAGCUUUUUGGGACGUGCAACUUGGUUUACAAAUGUUCUAGCGCUGUUA